UCUGUGUCUCUCUCUCCCUCCCCCCUCCUCUCCCACUAAUCUCACCUACUCCUCGUUUGGUCGCCUCGAGCCCACCCGUGGGAGUAAAAGAAAGAAGAAGAAGGAAAGCAGUGAGAGAAGAAGAAGCGCGCUGCCGGGAGGGAGACGUGUUUCAGAGGAGAGCGAUAUUUUCUUCGGAUCUUUGGUCGAUGGAUUUAUCACUGACAAUACAGCAAUAUUUUAGCUAGAAAAUCAAGUGAAGCAUGGGUGACUGGAGCUUUCUGGGGCGGCUGCUGGAGAAUGCUCAAGAACACUCCACUGUGAUUGGAAAGGUUUGGCUGACCGUCCUGUUCAUCUUCCGCAUCUUGGUGCUGGGCGCAGCAGCUGAAGAGGUUUGGGGUGAUGAGCAGUCGGACUUUACUUGUAACACGCAGCAGCCCGGUUGCGAGAACGUCUGCUAUGAUGAGGCCUUCCCCAUCUCCCACAUCCGCUUCUGGGUGCUGCAGAUCAUCUUUGUCUCCACACCCACCCUCAUCUACCUGGGCCAUGUGCUGCACAUUGUUCGCAUGGAGGAGAAGAGGAGGGAGAGGGAGGAGGAGCUCAGAAAGGCCGGACGGCACCAGGAGGACCAUGACCCUCUCUAUCACAACGGAGUUGGCGAUGGAGGAGGAGGUGGUGGGAAGAAGACAAAGCCCCCAAUUCGGGAUGAGCACGGGAAGAUCCGGAUCCGAGGAGCGUUACUGAGGACCUACAUCUUCAACAUCAUCUUUAAGACUCUGUUUGAGGUGGGCUUCAUCCUGGGACAGUACUUCCUGUAUGGCUUCCACCUGAGGCCGCUCUAUAAAUGUGGCCGCUGGCCCUGCCCCAAUACUGUGGACUGCUUCAUCUCCAGGCCCACUGAAAAGACAAUCUUCAUCAUCUUCAUGCUGGUGGUUGCCUGUGUCUCUCUGGUCCUCAACCUGCUAGAGAUCUACCACCUGGGUUGGAAGAAAGUCAAGCAGGGGGUCACCAAUGAGUUUGCACCCGACAGUGAGUCGCUGCAGCUGGGUGCUGAUGAGCCUGGAGAUGCAGAGACGAUUCCUGAGCAGACCUCUCCGUCAGUGCUCGAGUGUUUGCCAGUGUAUGCCAGCGUGAACGUGGUGGGGGUUGGGGCAGGAGUAGGAGGAUCCUACAGUCCAAGUGAGGCCUCCCCUGCAGUAAUCUCCUUAAGCCCCGACACCGCCUCUGUGCCCGCCAGACUCAAGAUGGAUGGCACAGCGUUUCACCCAGAUGACUUCCUGUUGGAGGCCCUGCCCGCUUCUUUAUAUGACAGCAGUGAGAAAGGGAGUGUCGACAGCCACGGGCAGCUGACGGCAAUGGAGCAGAACUGGAGCAACAUGGCACUGGAGCUCAACAAUCUGGAUAGGAGAAACUCCUCUUCCUCCUACCCUCCUCCUCUUCCCUCUCCUCCCACAUCCGCCUCCUCCUCUCCUCAGGAGGAGAAAACCCCACCACUUCCAGAAGGGGAGCAACACUCCAUGUUUCCCACACUUCCUCGUCAUACCCCUCUUUACCCCCUCGCACCAGAGGAGGCGCCUGUGGAUGAGGAAAAUACCGUCGCCACAGCACCUUGUGUGGUCCCACAUGACGACUUCACUGUGGUUACCAGGGCAGAGAUGCAUCAGCCUCCUCCUGCUGUGACAGACAUCCGGAAGCCAAGUCGGGCCAGCAAGAGCAGCUGCGUCCGGGCUCGCCCUGAUGACCUGGCAGUGUAGCUAAAACACACACACUCACACAUUCACACAACCAUGCAUACAUGCUGUGUACACAUAGAAAACCUACAUAAGCAACUUUUUCACAUAUGCACAACUGCAUAAAACCACACACAAGCAUGCCCUCAAGCAAAAGACAUGCCUGCAAGGAAGACGUGCAAAACACGUUACCGCAUGCAUUCAGCUGGAGGUGGCUGCUCAGAUUACUCUCAGAAUUAUGAACCUUAAGUAGGGAUAGAAAGAGUUUGGCCAGAUUACACUGAUAGCACCAUGCUGAUGCCUUACCGACAUAUUACUAACAAUGUCUACAUGAGCUUCUCAACUUCUAAGAUAUGAGUUCAGACAUGCUUUGCAGAAAUCUCCUGGCAACACAUCUGGAGUCAUUUUGGAGAACAGUGGAGAGAUGGCUGUGCACACUGUGAAUCCAUCUCUGACAAUGUUCUAUCAUUUACCAAGCUAAACUAAUCAACUAGUGGCUCUAGCUCCAUGUUUGGCUAACAUGGCUACCACUUACUCUUCUGGCCAUACUCUAACUUUUCUUUGGCGAGGUUGGACAGGGGAGGUAUAUAGGCCCAAUAAAUGGGAUUACAAACAUACAUACUUGCAUACUUACACACACACCUACGGUUAUAUAUAUAUAACCAGCACAGACACAAAUAAGGAAAGGUUAUAGUGAUGAUGAUGAUGGUGAUGGUUGGACUAACUAAUACGUUUGGGAGCGUAGAGGCAGCAGUACUAUAUUCUUUUAUUUUCAUCUUACAUUAAUUUCUUUGCUGGGAGACAUCAGAGGAGAGGUUUGCACUUUUGUUUCUUUAUUUUUAUUUUUCUUGUGACGUGAUGGUGGAGCUGUGUGUCGUGUUGAAUCUGUCCGUCUGCGUGUGCUGCUCUCAGCCAGCCUGUAGUUUCAAUGAAGAGAGGGAUGCACUGACGUUAGGAUAGAGCAGAUGAGGAGAGCAACAAAGCAGUCCCACCCUGAGACGUAGU